AUGCCGUUUAAAAGACUUUGUCAUUUUAACGAAAAGUUGCAAAAUGAUUUCCCAUUUAUUAAGAAACUUAAAUCUACUGACGAUUUCAAUGUACAGUAUACAACUUACCAUGUAACUUUUCCAGUAAGUCAUGGUGGACGAUCGGAUAUAAACGAUCACCUCAAAACGCAAAAACAUAAGUUAGCUACAAUGACAUCGGUCCAAUCUGGUAAAGUUUCCAACUAUUUUUCUGCAUUGGUUCCUACUGAAAGUAAAACUAUGAAGUCACAUGAAUGGCUCCGAUUAAAAUCAGAUUGGAGAAGUCAGAUAUUGAUACACUGCCAAGAUCGGAGGGAUUUAUCUAAAAUAA